AUUUGAAGAGACUACUGCACUUCAUGAUGGCUUAUAAGCAUAUAAGUUCUCCGGUGAUGCAUGUCCUCCCAGCCAGCUAGAGCUCAUCCACACAUUAUAUGUCAGUAGGGACACUCUCGACACGUUCAUUGAGCUGGAAUAUUCCACGUGGACUCUUGUGCGUAUUGGUGAGAUAUGCUCUGACCUUGAGGCUGAGUUACUCAACUGUCGUACGAAAAGGAGGUGCAGGUGACCGGGGCACGGACAUAUCAAUCUGCAGAAGGGGGCUUGGUAGUCCUUUGCAUGUUGGGUGGCUGUCUUGUUGGAUACUCAUGAGUGCAUACCAUUGGAUAAAAACUUGGUUUGUUCUUUUCCAAGGGGCAUUGAUAAGGCACGAGGUGACACUAGGCCCUUCAAACUAUAUAUGCAUAUAAUCGAUUUGCCUGCUCGGUUCAUAUGUAUAAGUAUCUAGGGUGUGGGUUCGGGCGGCAGUUGCACAUGAGAAUCUCAUGGAUUGCGUUGGCUGACAGUUCAUCAACGGGCCACAUCAGUUCC